AUGUUCUUUCUAGAAUCUUCUAAUUCUGAUCUGAGCAAAAAGAACAAAAUCUUUGAAGAGAUGGAAAGUUUACUCAAUCUUGAUGAGUUCAAGCUUGAUGAAGAAGUGGGCUCUUUAGAGAUGCCAGCACUGACGAUGGACUUGGAGAAGGAAAACCCUUUUUGUCUCAGAAAUGCUUAUUUUGUUUUGAGUUGUGUCCUACAAAUAGUUGCUCACUUCAACAGCCAACCAUGGUUCAAUAAAAAUGUUGAGUCUGCCAAGUACAAUGAAACUUGUGGGUUGUGGAGACUGAAGGUGGUGGCAAGUGAUGAUCAAACUAAGUAUAUUUGUCGAUGGCUGGUGGUGGCUAUUGGAGAGAAUUCCGAGAAGGUGAUACCGGAGAUUGAAGGGUUGGAGGAGUUUGGUGGUAGUGUCAUGCAUGCUUGUGAGUACAAGUGUGGUGAAGGGAAUAUUGAAUCCCAAAAUUUGUUUCAUGGAUUUCGUACUUUCAGAGAUGACGAUGGAAUUGAAAGAGGGGAGAAUAUUAAGUUCGAAUUGAACAAAGCAAUUCAAGAGUCGAAGAUUUCAAUAGUUGUCUUCUCGGAGGACUAUGCAUCUUCAAGUUGGUGUCUUGAUGAACUUGUCAUGAUCCUCGAACGCAGAAGGACUGUUGGACAUGUAGUUCUACCUGUUUUCUAUCAUGUGGGUCCAUCUCAUGUGAGGAAGCAAAAGAAAAGUUUCAAAGAAGCAUUUACGAGGCAUGAAGAGAGAUUUCGUGCUGAAGUGAGUGAAAGAAAAGUUGAAUGGAUUGGCAAAGUGGAAGAAUGGAAGGCAGCACUUAGAGAAGCUGCAGAUUUGGCAGGGAUGAACUUACAAAAUCAAACUGACGGACUUGAGUCAAAGUUUAUCCAGAAAAUUGUGAAAGUGGUUGGAGACAAACUAAGUCGCACAACCUUGGGUAUUGCCCCCCACCUGAUUGGAAUAUAUUCUCGAGCCAAAAACAUUGGGCUUUGGUUACAAGAUGAGUCUAGUGAUGUUGGUAUAGUCGCAAUUUGUGGGAUGGGUGGAAUAGGGAAGACAACCAUCGCCAAAGUACUAUAUAAUUUGAACUUCUCAAGAUUCGAAGGUAGCAGUUUUCUUGCAAAUGUAAGAGAAAUUUUAAAACAACAAGAUGGUUUACUUCGAUUACAACGACAACUUCUUUCAGAUAUGUUAAAGGGAAGAAAGGAAAAUUUGUAUAGUGUUGAUGAAGGAGUUGUAAAGAUUAAAAAUGCAUUAUGUUGCAAAAAAGUUCUUGUAGUCCUUGAUGAUGUGGAUACAGUAGAUCAAUUGGAUGCAAUACUUGGAAUGAGAGACUGGCUUUCUCAAGGUAGUAAAAUCAUCAUAACCACUAGGCGUGAGCGAUUGCUCAAGGCUCAUGAAGUUUGUCGGGUGCACAAGGUUGAAAAAUUGGACAAUGAUGAAUCCUUAGAGCUCUUUAGUUGGCAUGCCUUUGGGAAAAAUUGUCCCAUUGGUGGUUUCAUUGAGGACUCAAAAAGGGUGGUACAUUACUGUGGAGGGCUUCCAUUAGCUAUAAAAAUUUUGGGUUCUUCUCUGUCUGGAAAAAGUUUAAAUAUCUGGAAAAGUCAAUUAGAAAAAUUGAAAGCAUUUCCUGAUCAUGAAAUCCUUGGAAAACUCAAAAUAAGCUAUGACUCUUUACAAGAUGACCACGAUAAAAAUUUAUUCCUCCAUGUUGCUUGUUUCUUUGUUGGGAUGGAUGAAGAUUGGGUAGUCACAAUUCUGGAUGGAUGUGAUUUUUACACAAUGGUUGGGAUUCAAAAUCUCAUUGAUAGAUGCCUAUUAACAAUUGAUGAACGCAAAAAGUUGGUGAUGCAUCAAUUGGUUCAAGAAAUGGAAAGAGAAAUUGUUCGGCAAGAAUCACCUAAGGAGCCAGGAGAACGUAGUAGACUUUGGAAUCACAAGGAUUCCUUGAAUGUUUUGAGAGAAAAUACUGGGACAAGAAAAAUCGAAGGCCUCACACUUGAUAUGAAUUUGUUCAAGAAAGACAAACAUGACAGGACAAUUUUUGGUGUUAAUAGAAAACGUCAUUAUGAUGAAUUCCUCGACACGCCAUUUUUAACAAAUGUAGGCAACUCAUUUAAAAGAUAUUGUUUUGGCAUGUUCUCCUCGAAGAAUGUAGGCACUGCUCAAGGAAAUUCAAAUCAAGUAACUUUGGAAGUUGAUGCAUUUGCAAGGAUGCAUAAACUAAAACUUUUGCAGCUCAAUUAUGUGCAAAUAAGUGGAAGCUUGAAAAAUUUUCCUAAAGGAUUAUGAUGGUUAUGUUGGCAUGGAUUCCCUUUCAAAUCUAUACCCUGUGAUUUUCCUUUGGAGAGCAUGAUUGUUCUUGACGUGAGUUAUAGUAGCUUGCAAAAAAUUUGGGAAGGAGACAAGGUAUGUUGCAAAUGUAUAUAUAUAUUUUUAAUUUCGUAUGAAAACUGAAGAAAUAUUAAUAGUAGCUUUUUCUUGUUUAACAGCUUCUCAAGUCACUAAAAAUCCUUGAUCUUAGUCAUUCCCAUUACCUUAAAACUCCCGACUUCUCGAAAGUCCCCAAUCUGGAGAAGUUGAUAUUUAAAAAUUGUGCAAGGCUAGUUGAGGUUCACGAAUCCAUUGGACACCUUGAGAGACUUGUUUUGUUCAAUUUAAAAGAUUGCAAAAAUUUGAGGAAGCUCCCGAGAAGCAUUUGUAUGCUAAAGUCUUUGGAAACACUUGACAUCUCAGGUUGCUCAAAUCUUGAGGAACUGCCAACAGGAAUGGAGACUAUUGAGUCAUUAACAGUUCUCCAUGCAAAUUGAAUUUCCAUAAGUCAAUUACUCUCUACCAGUAAAGAGGUCAAAUCAUGGCAUUCAUUCAUCUAUCCCUCUCUGUUGAAGCCAAGAAAAAGCAUGGAAAUUUUAUGGGCUCUUUUACCACGGUCCUUGGUACACUUAAGUCUUGAGGACUGUAAUUUAUCAGAUGAUGAUUUUCCUAGGGAUCUUAGCAACCUAUCCUCGUUGCAGAUUUUAAAUCUGAGUGGUAAUGCAAUUCGUAGCGUCCCAAAUUGCAUCAGAGGUCAUUUUGGACUCCAAAAGCUUUAUUUAAUUGGGUGCAAAAAGCUCUGGUCAGUUGAAGUGCAGCACAAAUUAAAAGAAUUAUAUAUCCCAGGAUGUAUAUUGUUGGAGAAAGUAACCUUUCAAUCACUUCCAUUAACCCUAGAAUGUAAGAACAUAUGGGGCAAUCAAUUUGUCAAUAGCAGGUUAGAAAGAACAUUUCUAUCCCUGGACUCAGAGCACAAUCUAGUUGAGAUUGAGGGAGAUUUCAAGUUUGAACCUCUAGGAAAUAUUGACAUGGAGAUAAUUAACAAUUUGGGCUUGUCCAACUUAGGAUCCAUGGGAUGCUCAAAUGUUAUGCUUUCAUGCCAUGGGUCACAGAAAGCAAGGAAGUUUCCCCUGCAGGGAUGUCAUGAAACACACAUAUUCUGUGCUUAUUGUUUGGGAAGCAAGGUUCCAGACUUGUUUAAUCUUAAAAAUGAAGGAUAUUCAAUAUCAUUUACUGUGCCAUCGCAUCUUAAUUUCAGAAUCCGAUGCUUGAGUGUAUGUUCUAUUUAUGCACUUUCCAGUAAACGAAAAGAAGAUUAUCGCUUUAAUUGUGAUGCACAUACUAUUAUCAGUAAUACGACCAAGAGUUUGAUUUGGAGUCAUUCCCCAUAUGUCUUUGGCAUUCCGGAAGCUGAUGAGGAUAUGAUGAUGCUAAGUUAUUGGAAGUUUGAAAAUCAGUUGGAAAGUGGCGAUGAACUGAAUAUUUCAGUGGUUGGAAAUGAAUAUUUUCAAGUAAAGGAGGUCGGAGUCCAUUUUGUGUACAAGGAGCAAGAAGAGAAGAGUAGCCAAUCAACUAGUGAAGAAGCAUCCCAACAAUUCUCUCUCUAUGGAAAUGUAGUUCCCGGAAAUGCAUCUGUAGUACGUCCAGCGCGCAAAAAAGUAUACAGUCUAGGCUGCCAUUGGGAGAAUUGUAGAAUUUGUGAUGGUCUAUAAUCUCAGCCUUCAUGCACUACUACCUCGGGAAUUGGUUGUUAAGGAUUUCGAUUAAGUGAUAUGAAUCAGUUGUAUAUUGCUAGUGCCUCUGCUUUGUGAUUUUCUGUUAUUUAGGAAGAAGUUAUUUCAGUGAGAGAGAAAAUGUUGCUACUUUUCUUUGAUUUUGAUGAUGCUGUGUACUACUGUUUAGGUGAAGCUACUGCUACUGGGAUUAUAUUUUACUUUGGAAUUGCUCAGAGUUAUAUUUUAA